UCGGUGCUAUCCCAGUGUUCGUUUCGUCGUAUCAAAGAAGUUUCCUUUAGAGAUUUUUAUCUAACGCUUUGCGACCGAUUCAGUUUCUGAAGGAAUCUGUCUUCGUCUACGCGUUUCUCUAAAAAGGUGAAAUUUUUAACAACUGAUCUUUAUGAUUUCGUAAUCUCCUGCUCGUUACGUUGAUCAUGAGAACAAUGGGGAAAGAAGUUGAUAACAAGUUCACUUGGGUGAUUAAGAAUUUCUCCUCUCAGCAAUCCACAAAAAUUUAUUCGGAUGAAUUCUUCGUCGAUGGCUGCAAAUGGCGUCUUCUGGCCUUUCCUAAAGGAAAUGGUGUUGAGAAGUUGUCACUGUAUCUGGCCGUUGCUGGUGGUGAAUUUUUACCUGAUGGAUGGAGAAGACACGCAGAUAUCCACUUAAGUGUAGUGAAUCAACUCUCUGAAGAACUCUCUCUAACUAGAGAAACAGAACAUUUGUUUGAUGCGAGUACUUGCGACUGGGGUUUUGCAUCAAUGUUUUCCCUUAAAAAACUUCAUGACAAAGAUGGUGGUUUCCUGGUUAAUGGAGAGCUCAAGAUUAUUGUCGAGGUAUCUGUUCUUGAAGUUAUUGGCAAAUUAGACGUACCAGAGGAAUGUGAAGAGACAACCAAAUCUCUAAGCAAGGUUGACGAUAAUGACGUACCAGAGGAAUCUGAAGAGACGACCGAAGCUCUAAGCAAGGUAGUUGAAAAUGAUGGUGCAGAGUCUAAUGAUUCGCUCAAGGAAGCUUCAUCAGUAAAGGAAAGCAUGGAUGUCAAUGGCUUUCGAGUUCUUCCUUCACAGGUGGAAACUGUGAGCUGUAUAUUUGAAAGACACCCCGACAUAGCAUCAGAGUUCAGUCCAAAGAAUCAGCAUCUGAGGUCAGCUUACAUGAACGUCCUUCUCAGCCUAAUCAAGACUAUGUGCCAGUCGACUCAGGAACUUUCCAAGGAUGAUCUGUCAGACGCAGAUGCUGCUCUUGCAUACUUGACAGAUGCAGGGUUGAAUCUAAAUUGGUUGGAGGAGAAACUGGAAGAGGUGUCAGAAAAGAAGGAGAACGAGGAAGCUGGUGAGACUCGGGUGCAUGAAAUAGAGGAAGAGUUGAAGGAGUUGAAGUUGAAGUGCUCAAACCUGGAAGCUCAGCUGGGGAAGGAGAAAGCAAAUGUGUCUGUGGCCAGAGCUCCUUUCUCGUUCGAUGAUGUUGUUUAAUGGCUUCAGUAUUCAGAUUCCUUCUUAUAGUUCUGUUUGGUGUGUUAGUCGUCUUGAAACUCUGCAAGAUAAGUGGCUUAGGUUGGAUGUUUCCGCAUUUUGUGGUUCUUGACUCGUUAGGUUUCUUUAAUCCAAUGUGUUUCUUGUAAAGAAGUAGGUGUGUUUCUUUAUCAUUGAAUUUGACUAUUUCUAAAUAUGAAAUAUGUAAAAUCACCUAAAUCUAAUCGAAUAUGUGCCUAUCUAAA